GCUGCUGCGAGGAGCUUGGAACGCAUAGACGGUGUGGAGUAGACGCGUUCGAACGCGGUCGCGACCCGGUGUGAGUGCGCGUGCUUGUGGAAGUGUGUGAGUGCGUCUGGCGCGACUGGCAAUCGCGCCGCACUCCACACUUGUAGGCAGCGCACCCGGAGCAAACCAUCGGUGAAAAAAACACCUACAACGCCAAGAUGACACCGUCGAGUUUGGUCCGAGGUCGAGUGGAAGGCUUUAAUCGCAACGGCGACCACAGAGCAAAGCCUACCUCUGCAACUGGCAAAACUGGUGAUUCUGUAGGAAUCUUCGUUUUUUAGCACAAAUAAUUAAUAUCGUAAAUAUUCACUACAUAGAUCUAAUUUAACUAAAUUAUAUCACAAUAUAAGUUAUGUUUACUUACAAAUUACUCUAAUUUAUUUUAAAUACUAGUGCUAUCUAUGUGUAAAUUUUCCUUCUAAGUUUGUAAAGUUUUUGAAAAAUUCGAGUAUUGCACCAUCUAUCGGUUCAAUUUAAACACCUCGGUUUGUUGGUUAUUUUAGUCCGGCCAUGUGGUUCAAGACUUUCAAAUAAAAUAACAAAUAUUAAACCGAUUUAUUAAAUAUUAAACAGUGACGAUUAAAUCAUUGAAAUAAAAAUGUCUAAUUGCAAGAUUCAUAAUGUGCGCUUCUACAAACCCAAAGCCAAGGCAAUUUAUUGUAUGUCGUUUAAUAAGAAAACACAGAAACUAGCUCUUUCCAGGUCAGAUGCAUCUAUAGAAAUAUGGAAUCUAAAAGACAGUCCUGUAAUGGAAAAAUAUUUACCAUCAUCCAUAAAGAACUUCAGCAUUGAAGGUUUGGCAUGGUCUGGUCAUAGAUUAUUCACAGUUGGUCUGCAUGCACUAUUAUGUGAAUAUGAUUUGAAACAGUUGAGUAUCAAAAGCCAAACAAGUGUCACUGGUCAGACAGCCUUUUGUUUAGAUGUAAAUAGGCAAGAAACCAGAAUAGCAGUUGGUACUGAGCAAGGGUACUUAAAUAUAUUUUCAAUUGUUGAAGAUGAGUUGGUUUUUGAGAAAUUCUUGGAUAAGCAGGAAGGUCGCAUUUUGUGCCUGAAAUAUGAUCAUACUGGCGAAUUUAUUGCAUCUGGUAGCAUGGACACAAUUAGAGUGUGGAAUGUUAAAACUGGUCAUGCAAUCCAUAAGAUGACAACUGGUCGAUCAGCAGCAAAUAAAGCUACAAUUGUUUGGUGCAUUGCUGUAACAAAAAAUAUGACAAUAAUCACUGGUGAUUCCAGAGGCAAGUUAUCAUUUUGGGAUGGUACUGUUGGUGCACAAACUGAAAGCUAUCAAUCCCACAAAGCUGAUGUUCUGACAUUAUGCUUAACAGAUGAUGAUAAUGAGGUACACUGCGCCGGCAUUGAUGCAAACAUUAUUACCUAUAGGAAUAUUGCGGUAAGAGGUGAUUUGCAUAAGUGGGUAAAGAGUGUGCAGAGAAAGGUCCAUGAUCAUGAUGUACGCGCGUUGGUCAUGAACAAGAAAUAUUUGUAUUCUGGUGGUGUAGAUGGAUAUCUGGCAUGCAGUUAUUACCCACCUAAAACUUUAUUAAAGUAUCCACCAGUAUCAUCACAUCCAAAUAAUUGUGCUGAAAUUGCAAGCAAAGCUAGAUAUAUUCUACUAAAAUAUCCAAAGUCUGUGGAAUUAUGGUCAAUGGGUGAGGAGGCUGAGCAAGAAAAGAAAGUGAAGUUCGGCGCGAUGCUGCCCAUCAAGAAGAAACCAGUAAAAUUGCUGGUUUUGCAACGACAAGUCAAAACCGAUAUUGGUGUUAAGCGAGAAGGAAUCCUUUCUAGCACUAUUAAUUCCACUGGAAAAUACAUUGCGUUUAGCACAAUGAGUGCACUUAGGCUGUUCCGGUUUGACUAUAUGAAUAACAAACCAACUUUGACGCAGUGCGAGUUGCCCUUUGACAAUCCAUGUGUUAAUAUGAUGUUUUCACCAGAGGGCAAUCAAUUAAUUGUUGCACCCCAGGAAGGAGGCUUGGAAGUAUUAAAUAUUCUUAACAAUCAAGCGACGAGGGCACAAACUAUACCUACAGAUAAAUAUAUUCACGACACAAUUACAUUCUUAAGGUUUUCACCAUGCGGCCAAUAUUUAAUUGCCACUGAUCCUGAAUCAAACAUUGCUGUUUGGAAAAGAACAAGCUCAAAUUACAAACCUUGGGAAUUCUAUUUCAAACUGCCAAGACAUUCGUGUAGUCCAACAGCAAUUAGUGUGCAAGCUAAUUCAAUGAAUUUAUUGAUUGCAUAUGCCGAUCAUAAAAUAUCAGAGUUUAACUUGGCGUCUUGUAAACUUGCCGAAUUUUCGGCCGAAGUACAGGACAAAAAUAAUAAAUUAUUUACGAAAAACUUUGCAAUUCGUAACAUUCUACAUUGCCCACCAAAUGAUACAGUUCUGUUACAUGAUGAUAGUAAUAUUCAAAUAAUUAACAGAAAGAAAAAAGCUGCGCCAAAUACCCCAAAACGUGCGAAAGUGGUCAACGUGGAUAAAGAAGACCCGAUAUUAUCUAUAAAUGCUAUUAAAAAGUAUAAGCAUCUUCUUCAUUUAGGUGUAUUGUCUGAUAAUGAAUUGGUGGCGGUUGAGGUGAGUCCUUUGUCAUUCCUGGAGCAAUUACCACCUGGCUUCAAGCAGAAUACAUUCGGAACAAAAUAGUACAAAAAUUCUUGAAUAUCGCCAAUAAUAAACUACUAUACUGUUAUUAUUUAA